AGGAUAAAUAAAAUCUAUAACAGAACAUAUUUAACAAUUUUCCGGUAACAUAUAUCAUCUUUCUCCAAAUCUGUAAUAAUAUUGUUUAAUAAAAAUAAAAAGUUAGUCAUAGAAUAUAUAACAGAGCAUUAUUUCUGAUUCCAAUAUAAUUGUGCCUAUAAAGUAUAAACAAAAAAAAUGCAUCAAUCCAUAAAAUCUGUUUCUAAACAAAACGAUCUGCAAAAGGAUUGUUCACAUAUAUUAAAAUAUAAAGAAAUAAUAGAUGACGAGGUUCAGAUUGAUAAUGAAUGUGUUAAUAUUGGGAAAUUGAUUCUAAACAAUCUUAAAUGUAAACCGGAUUUUAUUGGCCAGGUUGACGCGGCGACAGGAAAACAAAAUACAUUUUGCCAAAUGAGAGAAAAAAGCAUAAAAUGCGCUGUAUGGCUGCGAAAUUUUGGUAUUCUACGAGGCGACAUAAUAACGAUAUGCACAGAUAACCAGAUGGAUGCCUAUGUGCCAUAUUUCGCAGCAUUAUAUCUCGGCGCUAUUGUAAAUCCAUGGCCUAAACAACAAAAAGGAAUAAAAUCAAGUACAGAACACUAUCUGACGCGAAUCAUCCCGAAAGUAAUCUUUACCGAUUAUGACAAUGCUGAUAAGAUUAACACUGUUAUAAAAAAGAAAAGAAUCAAUGUAAAAGUUAUAGUUUUUGGUACGCAUGAGGAUAAGAAGUUCGAAUCUCUCGAUGUAAUUCUGAGUGGCAAAGAAUUGAAUAUGAUUGCUGUUAAUACAUUUGCCUGUGUUAAGUUAAAGAGUAAUAGAGAUCCCGCAAUAAUACUCUUAUCUAGUGGUACAACUGGUUUCUGUAGAGAUGUGGAAAUUCCUCACACAAUUUUCACAGCUUUAUCGAAUAACGAGGUGCCAUACAUGAAAUUUGGCCAAAUCGGCUUGUGGUUUGAAUCCUUACAUUGGAUCAUUGGUUUGUUACUGACUGUUCGUGCUAUAAUUUCAUACGUAACAGUAAUUAAAGCUUCAGGAUUUGAUGAUGAGCAUCAACUGUGCCAAAUAAUAGAGAAGUAUAAAGUGGAUUGGGUGUUUCUUGAAUCUAGUAUGAGCAAUAAGUUGCAAAAAUAUAACGUUUUUCAGAAGCAUAAAAUUCCUUCUUUGGGUACAAUCAUAUUCGGCGGUCCAACGAUCAAACAAAGCUUUUAUGGGCGUCUUAAACGUGUACUACCAAAUGUUUUAAUUAUUCAAGUAUAUUACUUGCCUGAAACAGGCAUUCUAGCUCAUCAAGAAGUAUUUCGAAUGCUUGAAUCUAAUAGUUCCAUAUGUAGAAAUGUUAAUUUGAUAAUUACGGAUUUUGUCACUAAAGAACAAUUGGGUCCGAACAGCAUCGGUGCGAUUUGGUGUCGCUCGCCAUCCAUGAUGAUCGGUUAUUACAACGAUUCCAGAAGUACAAGCAAAAUUAUCGAUAAAAAUGGAUGGUUUCGCAGCGAAGAUGUAGGCUAUUAUGAUAAUAAUGGGAAUAUUUUUGUCAUCGAUCGUGUUAAUCGACUUAUUAGAUAUAGACAUCACUAUAUUUCGCCUGCAGAAAUUGAAAAUAUAUUAGAAACUCAUCCAAAUGUGUCCGAAGCUGUCGUAAUAGGCUUACCGCAUGAUUAUGAUACUUUUCGUCCAAUAGCAUUAGUUCAGCUAAUACCGGAAACAGAGGCACAUGAAGAUGAGCUGGUAAAAUAUGUGAAAAUAAACGUGGAUUAUAACUGGAAGCGACUUCAUGGCGUUUUUUUUACGAAUGAUAUGCCACACAUUGCAAAUAAUACUAUUGAUCGUGUGACUAUUUCUCAAAUGUUGCAAAAUUGUUGUACAUAUUGUGCAUGAAUAUGUUUUAAUGAAUUCAACUAAUAUUAAAACUCAUGAGUUUCAAUAUUAAAUCAUGUAGUAAUAUGUAUCUAUUAAUUUUAAUGUAAUAAAAAAUGUAAUGCGCUCUCUGAUGUUACUCCAACCAAAUUCCAAUUGUGAAAAGAAUUUACGAAAAUAAACAUUUUUAUUUGAUAAUACUUAAUAACAUA